CCGCAAACACCGAGAGAUAACAGUGACAAGAGUGGAAGCUAAACGGCAAGAUAAGGAUAGGUAUACAGGAUGCCAAGAAUACUACUAACAAGUUGAGCUGUCUACUAGGUUAUCCGAUUGCUACCUAAUAGAAAUCCCGAGUCGUUUAUCGUGUGUUGGUCAGAGCGGGUUACAACAUUCCCGCACAAAUUCAUCUCUGCCAAUUCAGCCCGUGUUCCACAUAAUUCCACCCGUCAAGCCUGGACACAACCCUGCCUACCUAUGUAUGCCAGGCCUGACCCUCUCGUUGGGAUGGAUGGAAGACAAGCAGAAUAUGUUGCUACAGGAGGUACCUAGGUACUUAAUGUAUGUAAUGUGACAUUACUAAGAGAAGCUUGACUUAGGUACCUGAGUACCCACUAAAGUGUAGUGGGUGAAAUGAAUAUGAGAGCUUCAACUUUUUUUUUUUUCACAAGCUUCAACUUGCGUACCACUCCAACCACGGAUCUACUACCCGCGCCUACGCCUGUUUAACGGUUUGCCGCCAAUCCCACUCGGCCCAGGAAUCAAGAAGAGAAAACCCUCGGCGGGACAGGAAGACACCGCCAACAUGGAUUCCGAAUCGAUCAAGUCCGAGGUCAUCAAGCAGGUGAAGACCCAGUACGUCAUGGACAACGCGCGGCAGCUGAUCGAGAAAAUCAACGAGCACUGCUUCGAGAAGUGCGUGCCAAAGCCCGGCACCUCGCUCUCCAGCGGCGAGCAGACCUGCUUUACCCAGUGCAUGGAGAAGUACAUGUCCGCGUGGAACCAAGUCAGCUCGACCUACAUCAGCCGGUUGCAGCGCGAGCAAUGAGCCCGAGCGCGCGGAGCCGCUGGCUACACGAACGCACGCCUGUCCCGACCGACCGACCGACCCGUUCGAGGCCGCCCACCACAAACGCUACUUACGCACCCACCCACCCAUACACAUAUAUAAAUGGGUAUAUUCAUCCACGCCUGGCUCGGUGUAUAGUCCGCAAACGAGCAUCCUAUAGGGAGGCGGGAAUAGGAAGCAGGAUAAAAGCAGGAGGAAGAAGGGGAGGACGUUCUCACGGCGGCGUAUUUGGGACAACAGGCGCAUAGAUAUGUACAUUUACAAAGGUGUCUCUCUCUCUGUCUCUCUAUCCUUCUGGUUCCCUCUCCGAACAGACACCGGGGACGAUCUAGCUGGAGAAGGAUGUCUAAUAUUGGUAGACUGGCGGGAACGGGCGUAUAGAUUCCCCUCAUGACUUUCCCUCCUCCUCGGGGGCCCCGCUCUCCUCCUUCUUCUUUCUCUUGGCCUCCUCGGCCUCCCGCUUGCGUGCCAGGUACCUCUCGCGCGCGCUCGAGACGUCCGACUCGGUCUUGCGGCUCUUAGCCGCGCGCUCGACCUCCCGCCGCUCCGCCUCCUCCUCCUCGAGGGACCGCUUCAGCGCCUGCUCCAGCUGCGCCUCGAGCAUGCGCGUCUGCCGCUCGCGCAUCGCCUGCUUGCCCCCGGCGCCGACGAACCCGCGCGCCCGGUCCCGGUCGUCCCGCCGCUCCGCCCCCCG